AUGACGUCGAAAUCGCCAGAAGAGUUUCUUGCAACUCCUAAGUCAUGUCCCACAUUGGAACUUCCAGACUCCACAGCCAUUGUCAACGUUCAGAUAAUCGACACAACAACUUCUUUAACAGUCCCGAUGGCCCCGUUCGCAGGUCCUGCCCAAGUAGGACAUGAAAGUCUUCUGGGACCUUCGAUAUCGUUUCUCAUCCAUCACGGCCCAACAGACAAGCGUGUUCUUUUCGACCUUGGCAGCCGUAAAGACUGGAAAAACCUCCCUCCUGCAGUUCUAAACAUCAUCACAAGCCCAGGCUGGGGUCUUGAAGUGACCAAAGAUGUUCGAGAGAUCUUGACUGAGAACGGCAUCGACGUCGAAGCCGGCGCGAUCGACUGUAUCAUUUGGAGUCAUUGGCAUUAUGACCACACAGGCGAUCCGUCGACGUUUCCGCCCUUGACAUCGCUGAUUGUUGGCCCUGGGUUCAAAGAGGCUUUCAUCCCUGCUCAAUGCUAUCCGAGGAACCCCAAUGGUAUGGUUCUUGAAUCCGACUUUGCUGGGCGGGAGGUGAAGGAGAUCAAUUUUAAUGGAUCCACCGUCAUCAACGGCUUCAAGGCCUUCGAUUUCUUCGGAGAUGGCAGCUUCUACCUCUUAGAUGCGCCUGGACAUACGAUCGGACAUCUAUGUGGCCUAGCUCGAGUCUCUAGUGCACCGAGUACCUACGUAUUUAUGGGUGGAGAUGCGGCCCACCACGGUGCCGAAUAUCGCCCAACGGAGUAUCUUCCAUUGCCAAAGCAGAUCACUCCUUCGCCAUUGCCGGCUCACAAGCAUAAGCACGCUUCGUUCUGUCCGGGUGAGAUCUUCGCCUCCAUUCAUUCAGCACCGGAUAAAUAUGCAACCGAGCCACUGUACGGCGUGGUCGAGGGCGUAGCGUACGACACCAAGGCUGCAAAUCAAACGAUUCAGGACAUGACAGUGUUCGACGCAAAUGAUGAUGUUUUUGUUAUCAUUGCGCAUGAUGCGAGUCUCCUACAUGAGGAAGUUGAAAUGAGAUGGUUUCCCAAUGGGGAUCUCAGCGAGUGGCGGAAGCAGGGCUGGAAGGAGAAGGAGAGAUGGGGAUUCUUGAAAGAUUUUGAGACCGCAUUGAUGCAGAAAGACGUGGUAUUAUCGAAUAACGACAAAAUAGUAUGA